AUGCGCAAAAAGCGGGGAAAAUCUUCGCAAUCCUGGCUACCCCCGGAUGAUCUCAGCAGCCAAGGGCAAAAGAGCAUGAAAGAGGACCUUGAUCGAUUUUAUAACUAUAUCCCUCACCGCCACAAUUUUGUUUGUUGUUGA